AUGACUUUGCAACUAACAAGAACACAAGUUGUCACCUUGAGCCUUGGCAGUAAAUUCUUCAUAGUGCAAAACCAAUCCUAUGAAGAUGAGAAAGGGAAUGUGAAGCACAACAGUGGUUUCAGGGGGAAACGCAAGGCCGUUGUUGUAAUUGGCUUUACAGUGGCUUUUCUAAUCGUCAUCAUUGCCCGCCUUACAAAUGAAGUCAGCUUUCCUCUCAUUCUCAGCUGCUUUGGACAAUCCAGUGACCAAUGGGUGCCAUUUUCCUACACACAAAAACGACAUCUAAGGGCUCACUAUGGAUACCUUAAUGUGAAAAAUCAAGAGCCUCUGCAGCUGGAGUGUGAUCUCUGUGCCAUUAUUUCAAACUCCGGUCAGAUGACAGAACAGAAAGUAGGAUCUGAAAUUGACCAGGCUUCCUGUAUAUGGAGAAUGAAUAACGCUCCCACCAAGGGCUAUGAAGAAGAUGUUGGAAAAAGGACAACAAUAAGAGUUGUCUCCCAUACUAGUGUCCCUCUUUUGCUGAAGAACGCAGACUACUUUUUCAAGGAAACCAAUAGUACAAUUUAUGUCAUCUGGGGACCUUUCCGAAAUAUGAGAAAAGAUGGAAGCGGCAUUGUAUAUAAUAUGCUGAAGAAGACUGUGGACAGUUAUCCUGAGGCCAAAAUCUAUGUGACCACUGAAAAACGCAUGAGCUACUGUGAUGAGAUAUUUAAAAAAGAAACUGGGAAGGAUAGGUAA